GGGCUCGGCCAAUCGGCUGGCUCGGAGGUGAUGUCAUGGUGAGAGGCUGGCAAGCGGGGCUGAUGCUGGCAGGAGCCCUCAGCAGCAGUAAGUGAAUGAGUAGCACCAGGAGCGACAGACAGAGCAGGUGUUGGGGGCCCCGAGAAAACUUCUGGCCACACUUGAUUCCCAGCCUGCAGAAGGAACCUGAGCACCAUGACUCUGGCUGCGUACAAAGAGAAGAUGAAGGAGCUCCCCCUCGUGUCCUUGUUCUGUUCCUGCUUCCUGGCCGACCCCUUGAACAAGCCAGUGUAUAAAUACGAAGCAGACACCGUCGACCUCACCUGGUGUGUCAUUUCGGACAUGGAGGUCAUCGAGCUGAACAAGCGCACCUCGGGCCAGUCCUUCGAGGUGAUCCUAAAGCCGCCGUCCUUCGACGGGAUCCCCGAGUUCAACGCCUCCCUGCCCCGGCGGCGCGACCCCUCCCUGGAGGAGAUCCAGAAGAGGCUGGAGGCAGCCGAGGAGCGGCGGAAGGCACCUCGCUGUCCCCAGCGGGCCCGGGACUCUGCGUGGCUCUCGCCCAGCCCUCAGCCGGCUUGUCCUGUUUGCUUUGUGGGUGCAGUACCAGGAAGCGGAGCUCCUGAAGCACCUGGCGGAGAAGCGGGAGCACGAGCGGGAGGUCAUCCAGAAAGCCAUCGAGGAGAACAACAACUUCAUCAAGGCAGCCAAGGAGAAGCUGGCACAGAGGAUGGAGUCCAACAAGGAGAACCGGGAGGCCCACUUAGCGGCCAUGCUGGAACGCCUGCAGGAGAAGGACAAACAUGCGGAAGAGGUGCGGAAAAACAAGGAGCUCAAGGAAGAGGCCUCGAGGUAGAGAGGCCAGGACGGUGGCGGUUUGGACUGACAGCUCCGGUGAAGCUUUGCGACCGAUGACGGGGAGUUCCUCUGCUUGCUUUGUUUGUGAAUGUAAAGAUUGACCAGUGAAGCCAUCCUAUUUGUUUUGGGGGAGGGCGGGGGGAUGGGGAGGAGAGAGAUGGGGCAGGGGGGUGUUUGUUGGAGGGAGGAUGGGGGGCGGGAGGGAAUAGACACACCCCGUUUGGGAAGUCUACAAUCCUCUCCACGGUUUCAUUUUUACUUCCUCAUCAUUAGUGUCUAAGAAAGAGUCCAAACGAACAAAGGGUCGGUGACGCUGGAAGUUAGGGGAGGUGACACGACGGGGUGGGAGAGGGAUGUGCAGCGUGGGUGAAUUUAAUUUGGGGAUCAGUGCCGAGCGGACGGGGCUGCCCUGUCUGCAUCUCUCUGUAACUGUGGGCAGGAAAGUCGUCUCUCGGGGGUGCGUGUAGCCUGUUCUGUGUUUGCCAUGAACUUUGGUCAUCAAUACAAAUGAAACAUCUC